UCCCUCCGCCUCGACCCUAUACCCCCUCCGGACGUCGCAGGACUCCCGCACGACACGUCCCCAACUACCCGCUCCAAAUUUCGCUUCGUACCCCACAGGAAGUUGAGCGUUGGACCGAACUCUUCGCCCUCGGCGGGUAGUCCCUCCCUCACGCCUGGGUCACCCCCGGCGGCGAUGCCACUUACGAACGGCGCCGUGUCCAAGCUUGCACAUGGCCCACUCCACGACCUCAAACGCUUCCUGAACAACCAUAUUCCACAUUCCCCCGGCGGGCAUCACAGUUCUCCCUCCCAUCUGGACGCGUCGACGCAUCCGCCAUCGGCCUAUUUUGACCCCCCCACUGCGUCGCCGAAGCCGGAGGCUAUGGCGGGGCUUGCAGUCGAGCCCGCCGCCCCGAACUCGAAGGCCGAGAGCAUAUCCGCUCGUUCGUCCUUCCGUGAAAGCAAGCUCGGAUCGCUCAUGCGGAAAGACAAGGACAAGGACAAGGACGUAAAGUCCCUUCCGAUCAAACAGAGCAAGGACCGGACCCCGAGCGAAGACCGCACUCCAUCUCCAGCACGCUCCAACUUUAGCGAACAGCUCGGCAGCGAUCGUGCGUCCCCGAUUUCUGCUGAAACACCGUCCGCGCCCUCCACGCCCCCAAUCCAACAUGCGAAAGCGCCAUCGAAAGCCCCUUCGAUAGCGCCAUCAAAGGCCCCGAGCUUCAAUACAGCCCGAUCAUCGCCUCCGGCACUGCACGUCUUCCACUCGCUCGAGGAGGCCACUCACGCUCAUCUCGGUAAGAAGUACGGUAAAUGGGGUCGGGUCCUCGGUAGUGGCGCCGGGGGCACCGUCCGCCUGAUUAAGGCCAGCAGCAAGAACGGUGGCUCAAUUUUUGCCGUCAAGCAGUUCCGGCCGAAGCGCACCGGAGAGAGCGAGAAAGAGUAUCAGAAGAAAGUUACGGCCGAAUUUUGUGUCGGGUCUACUUUGAAGCACGCAAACAUCAUCGCGACGGUGGAUAUUGUCUCGGAUCAUGGGCACUAUUACGAGGUGUGUUUUUUUGAGCUUCAGCUCGCCUUCUAGCCGUAACCUGUCUAUUCUAGGUCAUGGAGUACGCUCCGUACGACCUGUUCAGCGUGGUGAUGUCUGGGAAGAUGUGUCGACCGGAGAUCUAUUGUGUGUUCAGACAAGUCUGCGACGGAGUCCACUACCUCCACGAGAUGGGUCUGGCUCACCGGGAUCUCAAGCUGGACAACUGUGUCAUGACCAUGGACAACGUCGUGAAGCUGAUUGAUUUUGGGACGGCUACCGUCUUCCACUACCCGGGCAAGCU